AACACGGCCAAAUAAAAGAGGAGGCUGGAAACCCGACUGGCACACAGCAGGAUCACUGUCCAGAGAUUGGUAAAGAGAGAAGAAGAAGAAUUGUGAAAACAUGAAGACUCUUAUUCUUGCUCUGUUGCUUUUGGUGGUUGUCAGUCAGAGUGAAGCCUUGAGAUGUUACUGUGGAGGCCGGAAGAUCUGUUCAAGCAAAACAGAGACGUGCUACGGUACUGACCAAGUCUGUGCCAGUAUCGUCUUUCAUUUUGAUGCAACUUCCGCCCAGGGUUGCUAUUCGGCCAGCAACUGCAGGCUUAUGAAUCAACCCGGACUAAUAACUACCUCUUGCUGCACCACUGAUCUGUGCAACAGAUAAAUGGAUAUCGUGCUCCAACAUCUUCACAAUUUACUAUGCAUUCUAAAUGUUAGCACUGUCAUAAUAAAGACAAGUUCGUUGCAAUUUUAGUCCACUUUCCCGUUUGUUGUUUUGUUUUGUGAUGAUUUUUAAAAACAAUGUGCAUGUAAUUGUUCAGGUGACUUCACUUACAAUCACUUGUUGCAAACGAGUGCAUCAUGAAGAAAACUUUCAAUCUGGACAAGAAACAGACAAAGACAAGUUUUAGCAGUGAACACAUCAAGUGCUGAAACUUACACUUGAUAUCGUCACAUUUUUGUAUCAUUGUAUAAAUAUUAUUUGAGUAAAUAGUCCGAAAACAUUAGUCAAAGAUUGUUUUGGUUUAAUCUGCUGAGUUUUCUCUUUUAUUGUCCCAUUGCACCACCAUGUGGCAAAAAUAUGAUACAAUGUCCAAAAAGAAAAACUCAUUGAGUUUAUGCCACCGUGUGCGGUUUCAAUAGCUCUUAUGUGAUGUGAAGAUGACUAGAAAUUUGACCUACAUUUAAAAAAAAAUAAAAAUCUUCUUAAAAGAUGAAAAUGUUGCAAGAAUGUUUCAAAUGUUUGCAUUUAUUUGUGGAUUUUAUUUUUACCAAUGCAAUCACACAAGUAGGCUAUUACAGUAGUUGUUUCAGCAUGAAAAAUCUGACUGUGAUCUUUACAUAUUAAACAUCCAGAAUUAAA